GGGCAACACAUACAGGGGACAUCGCCUUAUCCUCUCUAUUCCCAUUUACUUUUAACUCCACCCCACAUUUUUUUUUCUCUUCUUCACCGUCCACACCACAAGUGCUUUGUUUGUUUAGUUGGUCACUUGCACAUCACAAUCAACUUCACCACAUAAAAACCCAAACCCAAACCCAACAAAACACAACACAACACAACACAACACAAACCAUUCAAUUUCUCCUUCAUGGCUCUCCUCACAUCCCAACCUAAAAACCCCAUUCUCCAUCGCUUCACCACCCUUCACUGCCCUCUUCCACGCUUACAUAGAACCGUUCUUGGUCUUGGCUCCUUCUCUCACAACAGUGCUCUCUCCACUAAAAAACUUAACUUUAACCCAACGCAAACCAAAAUUUCCCUUCAAAACAACCCCUUUACCUAUAAUUUGGCAGUGACAGCCAAAGCCAAUGCCAAUGCUGCAUUUGGAGAAGGUUUCAAGGAGGAAGGGGCAUCGAGACACAGAAAGAUUUUGUUGUCAGAGGUUGAGGUGAAGAGAGAGAGGAGAGUUUUCUUUGGCAGAAAAUGGAACUCUUUGGAUUUUGGCACUGCUGGAAUUGUGUUGGCAAUGCAUCUCCUUUGCGUCUUUGCUCCAUUCCAUUUCAAUUGGCCAGCUUUUUGGGUGGCUGUGGCUCUCUAUAUUGUCACUGGCCUUUUUGGUAUCACUCUUUCUUUCCAUAGGAACCUUUCUCACAGGAGUUUCAAGCUUCCCAAAUGGCUUGAAUACUUCUUUGCCUAUUGUGGGGUCCUGGCUCUUCAGGGGAAUCCGAUUGAUUGGGUGAGCACACAUAGGUACCAUCACCAGUUUUGUGAUUCUGAGAGAGACCCUCAUAGCCCAACUGAAGGAUUCUGGUUCAGUCAUAUGAGUUGGCUAUUUGAUACCAAUUCUGUCCUAGAAAGGUGUGGAGAGGCAAACAAUGUUGGUGAUUUGGAGAAACAAUCCUUCUAUAGAUUUCUCCGAAGCACUUACCUUGCCCACCCUUUUGCUUUGGGAGCCCUUUUAUAUGCCGCAGGAGGAUUUCCUUUCCUUGUUUGGGGAAUGGGAGUGAGGAUUGUUUGGGUUUAUCACAUAACCUGGUUUGUAAACUCAGCUUGCCAUGUCUGGGGGAAUCAAGCAUGGAACACCAGGGACUUGUCCAGAAAUAAUUGGUGGGUGGCGUUGCUUGCAUUUGGUGAGGGUUGGCACAAUAACCACCAUGCUUUUGAGUACUCAGCUAGACAUGGACUUGAGUGGUGGCAAAUAGACAUGACUUGGUACGUUGUGAGAUUUCUCCAAGCUAUUGGGUUGGCCACUGACGUCAAGUUACCCACAGAGAGUCAGAAGCAGAAAAUGGCAUUCAAUAGUGAUUCAAUUGCCACAUGAAACACAAUAAAUGAUAAAAAAAAAAUGAAAAUAAAAAGGAUUUUAGAGGUACUCGUUGAUGGCACAAAAGUUUUGGUAGGGAAAUUGUUCUUUUUUGGGUCUUACUUUCAGCCAUCAUCGAUGCUGGAUUUGACCAUGUAUAUGGGACUAGAAAAUAAUGUUACUAUAUAUUGACACACAAGAAUAUUUAAUUAUUAUCCUUGCAUCUUCCUUUAGUUAUUAUCUUAUUAUACUGUGAUUGAAAGUCAGUCAUUGAGCUUCAAUGAGAAUCAAUUUUAAAAUUUCGUA